AUGGGGCUGCUUUGCCCUGGAACGCUUGGCCCAGAUCCCGACAUCACGACCUUCUCGGCAUGCAUCAGUGCAGUCGCAAAAGGUGUACCGGAGAAUGGGCAGCUUCCAGUGGCGCUGCUGGCCGAGGCAGUUGCUCGACGAUUGUCGCCAGACGUCAUCGCUUGUACCUCGGUCAUCAGCGCGUGCGGGAAAAGUCCACAAUGGGAGAUGGCUUUGGAAGUGCUGGAGAUGCUUCGCAUGCAGCCCGGCAUCCAGCCAAAUGUCGUCUGUUUCAGUGCUGCGAUUUCAGCCUGCGCAAAAGGCCAUUUCUGGGAGGCUGCUGAGAUGUGGGCCUACGUUGGCCUAAGUGGACCCGUGACCCCCCUUCACAAAAACAUCCGCGCCUUGUCUUCUUCGAGGACUCAGUAUGACGGAAAAGGGUCAAAGUUAUAG